AUGUCUGUUCCAAGCCAACACGGUUCUCGUAUUAUUAACCCUCCUCCACCGGAAUAUAUAAAUAACAAAAACAGUGGUUGUCAAACAAACCAACUUCAGUAUUUACAGAGGGUGGUCAUGAAAGCCAUGUGGAGACACAACUUUUCCUGGCCGUUUCAUCAGCCUGUAGAUGCAGCAGCACUGAACCUUCCUGAUUAUUACAGUAUUAUAAAGAAACCUAUGGACUUGACCACCAUUAAAAAGCGUCUGGAACACAAUUACUACACAAAAGCUGCAGAAUGCAUUGAAGACUUUAAAACGAUGUUCUUGAACUGCUACAUAUAUAACAAGCCAGGUGAUGACGUUGUGUUUAUGGCCCAAGAACUAGAAAAGGUGUUUAUGCAGAAAAUAGCCCAAAUGCCACCAGAAGAAAGACUAGUGAUUGUCAACAAAGGCAAGAGAAAAGGAAAGAAGCCAGAAGAAACGCAGCAGCCCAACCCUGGGACUUCAAAUGAACAAAGCACAAUGCAGAAACAAGUUGAAAGCAGUGAGCAGCCUCCAGUGAUGACUCAAGAGCUACAUCAGGUUACACUAGCUCCUUUGUCUGCAGCUCAGCUGACUGCUUUAAUGCCAACUGCAGUCCCUAUAACAAAAGCGAAAAAAGGUGUGAAAAGGAAGGCUGACACUACAACUCCUACUACUUCAAUAUUCACAGCAAGUAGUGAAUCUUCUGCAACAUUUAAUGAAAGAAAAGCUGCUAAAGCAUGCAGAGGUGAAAAUGAAUGUAUGAUACCAAGUAAGCUUCUGAAGAAAUAUUUGCCAGAUUCUCAGCAGUCACCUGAAAUUCUUAAAAAGAUCCAGUUGUCAGAACAACUAAAACAUUGUAAUGAAAUACUUAAAGAAAUGUUUUCAAAGAAACAUGCAGCAUAUGCGUGGCCUUUCUUAAAACCUGUAGAUGUUGCAUCCUUCUCACUUGGUGAGAACCAAGGAAUCACCAAAUGUCCUACAGACCUGGGAACCAUUAAAAAGAAAAUGGAUAAUCUUGAAUAUAGAGAUAUACAAGAAUUUGCUACGGAUGUUAGAUUAAUGUUCAUGAGCUGCUACAAACAUAAUUCUCCAGACCAUGAAAUAGUUGCUAUGGCAAGAAAACUUCAGGAUGUUUUUGAGGUGCACUUUGCCAAAAUUCCUGAUGAACCCAUCACAAGUGUUCCUCUGCCACAGCCCACAAGAGAAAUGACAGAAGCUUAUUCCAGUGAGAGCAGUAAUUAUGACUCUUCUGAAGAAAAAUCAACUGAAGACUCUGAAGAGCAGAGGACAGUGCACCUUGCAAAGCUUCAGGAGCAACUUAAAUCUGUUCACCAGCAGUUGAGGGCUUUGACCAGAGCAUACUUACCUAGACUGAAAAAGAAAAAAGAGAAGGCGAAAAGGGAGAAAAGUAAGAACAAGGAAAAAGCCAAAAUAAAAAGCCUGAUUCAAAAGAAGAAAAAUCUAAAACACAAGAAGAAAUCUAAGAAAAAGCUGUCCUUAAACAUUCAGUCAAAGAAAACCAUGCAGCAGGUCUUGUUGGCAUGUAAGUCAGAAGAUGAAGAUGGUGCCAAGCCUAUGAAUUAUGAUGAAAAAAGACAGUUGAGUUUGGACAUAAAUAAACUCCCUGGAGACAAGCUUGGGAAAGUAGUCCAUAUAAUACAGUCAAGAGAACCUUCACUGAGGAACUCUAACCCUGAUGAGAUAGAAAUAGACUUUGAAACUUUAAAGGCUUCAACACUUAGAGAACUAGAGAAAUAUGUGGCAACCUGUUUGAGGAAGAGACCAAGAAAGCAUCAGGGUAAAAAACCAACAAAGUCAAAAGAACAACUUAAUUCUGAGAGGAAACAAGAGCUAGAGAAGAGACUACGGGAUGUCGGUGGUCAACUAAACCCGAAGAAGGAGAACCUCAAGUUUGAAAACAAUGCUGAGUGCAGUAUGAGACCAAGCAGACUAAGUGACAGCAGCAGUAGCUCCUCAGAUUCUGGCAGCAGUACUAGCAGUGGUUCGAGCUCCUCAGAUAGCAGUGACUCUGAAUCAGGUAUAAUCUCAGCUGUAUCUGUUCCACAUGAUGCACCAGACCAGCAAACUCCUCAGAGUACUCCAAGGACAAAUCAGUCUUCUGUUGCCGAGUGCACACAUGCUCUACCAGAGGUAUCCAAUACAACUUCCCAGGCUGACAGUGCUGAUAAGAGUAAACAAGCUGAGAAAACAAUAGAUCUAGACAAAUCAAAUAAACUUCAAAACAAGGCCAGCGAGACAACUGCUGAUUCAAUAUCCAUUAGUCAAGAACAAAGUUCUUGUACACCUACUGAUAAACCUGAAACCAUACUAGAGCCAACAUCCAAAAUUCUUCCAACAAAGGAUACAGGAUUUAAGAAAGUGGAUUCCUGGGUAAGCUUGUGUAAAACGAUGACGCUUCCAGCUCCGAUAAAAACAUCUGCCGAGAGCUUCAAACAGUUCAGGAAAGCAGCAUUAAAGAAGAGAAGUGGGCAAGCACAGGAGAUUAAAAAGGGCCGUGAAGGCACAGGAUUGGAUGCCAUGGCAGCGACAGACUGUGAGCCUCAAAAAGAGCAAAAGAGCAACCAACUGCCCGAAGCUCAACAACAUACUCUUGUUCAAGACCGUAACUUGGCUAGAAAAAUGGAACAGGAACGCAGGAGGAGAGAAGCAAUGGCCUAUACAAUUGAUAUGAAUCUGCAGAGUGAUAUUAUGACAUCUUUUGAAGAAUGUCUUGAGUGA